AUGGCAGAUGCAAGCGAAAUUGCCGCACUCAUGGCAUCUGAAGGAGACUAUGAGAAGAAAAUUUCAUGGUUAAAAAGAGCCAUUGUUAGCGUGACUAAACAAAAACAAGAAGUGGAGGCACAGAAUGCUCAACUACAAAGAAACUUCCUCGCCUCACAGAAGGAGAGUGAGCAGCUCAAAGAGGAAAAUCUUAAGUUGCAUAAGCGAGUCUCAAUGCUCGAAAGUGAGCUCCAGCAGGAGCGAAAGAAGACUUCUUUUGGACACACUAUGCUAAAAGGACUUUCGUCACUAGUAUCUACUAAUCAGAUUGGUGUCACUGAAGGAGAACACACAGGGCAGCGCGCUGGACAAGUCGGUGAAAGUCGCGCACUUGAUUUAAGUAGUGCAGAUGUAGAACACAUUAUCAAACAAAAUGAAGAUCUUAUGAUACAACUAUAUGACAUCAAAAAUGAUUAUGAGGAAUUACGAAAAUCAUGCCAAAAGGAUACAGAAAAGCAUCAGGCAGAACUCAUUUCAAUCACGCAUGAGACUGAGGACCUACGCAUCCUGUUGGAGGAGGUCACCAACGCAUGUGAUGCCCUCAACUCUGAUUGCUCUCGCCUCAAGGCUAUCGUUCACUUUUGCCGUUACUUCUUUUCAAUUGCCUCCCUACGGUCGACUCCUGCUGCCAUUACUAUGGGGACUUCUACGCUAGGAAAUGAUACCCCUCACGCGCAGUCAGCAUAUCAACACAAACUCUACUUUCAGUUAUUAUUUCCAGCGGAUACGGAUUCUCCUAUCGAGUCGUUACCGACCGAUAUCGAGGAGGAGUUGGUUCGCCGCACAAUACAAAAUGUCUGCCGUCGCCUUAGCACGUUACUAAGUGGUGUUUCUGUGCUCAUUGUCGCCCUUCGUGACGCCCUACCUCAGUCCCCACGCAGCACUGUUGCCAGCUUGCGCUUCUCAGAGGAUCGCUUGACUGCGCUACUCGAGGCGAAUAAUGUUGUGAAGGAUCGUUUGUCGUAUUUGAUAAAGAAUUUGGAGGAGUUUGUCUUAACGAGCUCUGAUAAGAAUGCAGCUACACUGACGGAUUCCGUCUCGACGUUGCUAUCCAACCAACGCGAGCUUCUUCAGGGAGUUUGUAGUUGGGUGACUAUGAUCCAGAAUCAUUUGCCUUUACUCGUGAAUGGUUGCACUGCAUACUUACCACAGGACCAUAAGUACCGCGUGCGCACGUCAGCCUUGAGCGACGAUGUGUGCGAAGUGUCUGAUCGAGAAGUUUUUGUGGACAUGGUGGUUGCGAACGCUAAUGCUGUCCUCAGCUGGAUUCGCGGCUGCUUGGAGGGGAUGGAGUUGUUGCUCUGGGAACCGGCCGAAAAGGUACUAUCGGCAAUGAUUGCGCAGCACAGUGAAGUGUGUGCGCUUCCUGAUGCAUCUCGAACAGCACAGUUGAAAUGGCUUAUAGCCCAUCAGCAGGUAUGGUGGGAGGGGAGCACGGCUUUGCCGGAGCUUGUCAGGGCCUCCCUCGUCAUGGUCUCUGCGCUUGAAGAUAUGGCUGGGGCGUGCGCAGUUGCUCAGAUCCGAGACGUGAUAAAAUAUAUCGCCUCAAAUUUGGAUCUUUUAUCCAGUGGAAAAAAGGGUGGACGAUGCUUGUCAGAUCAAAAAAUGCGUGUCUGCGCGCUUGGGGAUAGUCACUGCUUCAAGUCACAUGAUGUGGUUGGAAAAGGGCCUCCUCUACCGCAGUCCUCUCAAGAGUCGUAUUUUGAUACUCAACACGCUGAUCCAGACGAACUUUUGCAUGGACUUGCGGCUGCGGAUCGCGCCGCGGUGUGCUAUUAUACGCAGAUGAACGCUACCAUGAUCGAGCUCGCCAAAAAGGAAGAUAUCAUAUGGGGGUUGCAAGAAGAACUACAAGAGGCGCGUGUACGGCUCGACCAGCAAGAAAUUGAAUCAGAACGGAUGCAGGUUGCACUUCAGGAGCAAAUCGGGAUCCUUUCUGACCAAUUAGUAGUGUUCACGAAUUCUGCUGCGUUGCUUAAACCUCCACAGAAGUAG